AGGCGUGUUGGUAAUAAAACCACGGUGGAGGAGAGCCCAGGCACACUUCAGAGAGCAGAGGGAUGGCGAGAGGCACGGUGACCUCGUACCUUUGUGGAGUUGCGCUGCUCGCCCUUUGGAAGCCUUCGCUGCAAGGAGGUGUAUACGUACCUGCAGGUGGCGGCGUAGGACCUGGACAAGGCUAUGGACCGGGUGGAGGGGGCGCUGGUCCAGGACCGGGAGGCUUUGGACCUGGAGCAGGAGGAGGAGGAUCAGCGGGACCGGGACCAGGUGGAGCCGACCCUGGCCAUGGAGGCUUCGGACCCGGAGGCGACGGGGGCCUGGGUGGAGGGACGUUAGGAGGAGGAGCUGGCAGAGGUCAGGGCCCUGCUGGGGUUCAGCCAGGGCAAGGAGCUGGAAGAUACUCUCCUGGUGGUGGUCAAGGAGGACCUGUUGGGGGUUAUGGACCAGGCAGCGGAGGUCAGUACCCAGGGAUGGGUGGAACAGGCCCCAAUGCAGGAGGCACUGGAACAGCACUUGGUGGAACUGGUGUUGGACCAGGAGGUGCAGGAAGUUUUGGACCAGGAGGGGUUGGACCAGGAGGUGCAGGAAGCUUUGGACCAGGAGGGGUUGGACCAGGAGGUGCAGGAGGUUUUGGACCAGGAGGGGUUGGACCAGGAGGUGCAGGAGGUGUUGGACCAGGAGGUGCAGGAGGUUUUGGACCAGGAGGUGUUGGACCAGGAGGAGUUGGACCAGGUGGAGUUGGUCCAGGAGGAGUUGGACCAGGAGGUGUAGGACCUGGCGGAGCUGGAGGAAUCGUCCAUGUGAUGCCGCAGACAGGUCUAACUGGGGCUGGACCCGGAGGGAAGAGUGGUGGUAAAGCAUCCAAACAAGUACCAGGUGUAGGCUUGCCCGGACUUUAUCAAGGUGGAAUAGUCCCCGGUCUAGGUUACGGAGGCCGUGGUGUUCUCCCUGGAGUGGCCACAGGAUCCGGACUUGCACCUCAGACCGGGCAAGGAGUGCUGGGCCAGGGGGGCGCUGGACUGGGGGCCGGAGCGGGUCGUGGAGGGUUCAGCAGCCAGCAGAUCUCCGGAGUGUUCCGGGGUUAUCCUCUUAUCACCCCCAAAUCAGGAUCGGGUAAAUCAAAGAAAGCAGCGAAGUUGGCAGCUAAAUAUGGGGCAGGAGGUGCACUUGGACAAGGAGGUCUUGGUGGAGGUGGUGGUGGAGGUGGUGCUGGGGGACUUCCUGGAGGAGGAGCUGGUAGCAUACCUGGGUUUGGAGGUGGGGCUGGAACAGGAGCUGGUGGUGUACCUGGACUUGGAGGUGGAGUUGCUGCUGGUGGGACCGGUGGUGGGACCAGACCUGGAGCCGGGGUUGGACCAGGUGGAACCGGAACAGGAUAUGGACCCGGGGGUGGAGCCGGAACUGGUUCUGCUGGCACUGGAACUGGCCUUGGACCAGGAAGUGGAGGGGCAGGCUAUGGACCUGGUCGAGGGGCUGGAGUGGGACCAGGUGGGGCCGGAUCAGUUCCUGGUGGGGCUGGGUUUGGACCAGGUGGGGCCGGAUCAGUUCCUGGUGGGGCUGGGUUUGGACCAGGUGGGGCCGGAUCAGUUCCUGGUGGGGCUGGGUUUGGACCAGGUGGGGCUGGAUCAGUUCCUGGUGGGGCUGGGUAUGGACCAGGUGGGGCCGGAUCAGUUCCUGGUGGGGCUGGGUAUGGACCAGGUGGGGCUGGAUCAGUUCCGGGUGGGGCUGGGUUUGGACCAGGUGGGGCUGGGUCAGUUCCAGGUGGGACUGGUUAUGGACCAGGUGGGGCCGGAUCAGUUCCUGGUGGGGCUGGGUAUGGACCAGGUGGAGCCGGGUAUGGACCAGGUGGAGCUGGAUAUGGACCAGGUGGAGGAGCAGGUACAAGAGCUGGAGGGUAUGAUGCCAACGCCAAAGCCCGUAAAUAUGGUAUGUUAAGUGGAGGACUAGGAGGAGGACUAGGAGCAGGAACAGGUGGAGCUGGACCUGGUGGUGCUGGGUAUGGACCAGCUGGGGGUGGCACCGGUGGUGGGACCAGACCUGGAGCCGGGGUUGGACCUGGUGGAACCGGAACAGGAUAUGGACCUGGGGGUGGAGCCGGAACUGGUUCUGCUGGCACUGGAACUGGCCUUGGACCAGGAAGUGGAGGGGCAGGCUAUGGACCUGGUCGAGGGGCUGGAGUUGGACCAGGUGGGGCCGGAUCAGUUCCAGGUGGGGCUGGAGUUGGACCAGGUGGGGCCGGAUCAGUUCCUGGUGGCGCUGGGUAUGGACCAGGUGGGGCCGGAUCAGUUCCUGGUGGGGCUGGGUUUGGACCAGGUGGGGCCGGAUCAGUUCCUGGUGGGGCUGGGUUUGGACCAGCUGGGGCUGGAUCAGUUCCUGGUGGGGCUGGGUAUGGACCAGGUGGGGCUGGAGUUGGACCAGGUGGGGCUGGAUCAGUUCCUGGUGGGGCUGGAUAUGGACCAGGUGGGGCUGGGUAUGGACCAGGAGGAGGUGCAGGUACAAGAACUGGAGGGUAUGAUGCCAAUGCCAAAGCCCGUAAAUAUGGUAUGUUAAGUGGAGGACUAGGAGGAGGACUAGGAGCAGGAACAGGUGGAGCUGGACCUGGUGGUGCUGGGUAUGGACCAGCUGGGGGUGGCACCGGUGCUGGGACCAGACCUGUAGCCGGGGUUGGACCUGGUGGAACCGGAACAGGAUAUGGACCUGGGGGUGGAGCCGGAACUGGUUCUGCUGGCACUGGAACUGGCCUUGGACCAGGAAGUGGAGGGGCAGGCUAUGGACCUGGUCGAGGGGCUGGAGUUGGACCAGGUGGGGCCGGAUCAGUUCCUGGUGGCGCUGGGUAUGGACCAGGUGGGGCUGGAUCAGUUCCUGGUGGGGCUGGGUAUGGACCAGGUGGGGCUGGAUCAGUUCCUGGUGGGGCUGGGUAUGGACCAGGUGGGGCUGGAUCAGUUUCUGGUGGCGCUGGGUAUGGACCAGGUGGGGCUGGAUCAGUUUCUGGUGGGGCUGGGUAUGGACCAGGUGGAGCCGGGUUUGGACCAGGUGGAGUGGGAUCUCAAAGUGGAGGAGCAGGGACAGCAGCCGGAGGGUAUGAUGCCAAUGCCAAAGCCCGUAAAUAUGGUAUGUUAAGUGGAGGACUAGGAGGAGGACUAGGAGCAGGAACAGGUGGAGCUGGACCUGGUGGUGCUGGGUAUGGACCAGCUGGGGGUGGCACCGGUGGUGGGACCAGACCUGGAGCCGGGGUUGGACCUGGUGGAACCGGAACAGGAUAUGGACCUGGGGGUGGAGCCGGAACUGGUUCUGCUGGCACUGGAACUGGCCUUGGACCAGGAAGUGGAGGGGCAGGCUAUGGACCUGGUCGAGGGGCUGGAGUUGGACCAGGUGGGGCCGGAUCAGUUCCUGGUGGGGCUGGGUUUGGACCAGGUGGGGCCGGAUCAGUUCCUGGUGGGGCUGGGUAUGGACCAGGUGGGGCCGGAUCAGUUCCUGGUGGGGCUGGGUUUGGACCAGGUGGGGCCGGAUCAGUUCCUGGUGGGGCUGGGUAUGGACCAGGUGGGGCUGGAUCAGUUCCUGGUGGGGCUGGGUUUGGACCAGGUGGGGCCGGAUCAGUUCCUGGUGGGGCUGGGUUUGGACCAGGUGGAGCCGGAUCAGUUCCUGGUGGGGCUGGAGUUGGACCAGGUGGAGCCGGAUCAGUUCCUGGUGGGGCUGGGUUUGGACCAGGUGGGGCCGGCUAUGGACCAGGUGGAGCAGGGUUUGGACCAGGUGGAGCUGGGUAUGGACCAGGUGGAGCCGGGUACGGACCAGGUGGAGUGGGAUCUCAAAGUGGAGGAGCAGGGACAGCAGCUGGAGGGUAUGAUGCCAAUGCCAAAGCACGCAAAUAUGGUAUGUUAAGUGGAGCUCUUGGAGGAGGACAAGCGGCAGGAACAGGUGGAGCUGGACUUGGUGGUGCUGGGUAUGGACCAGCUGGGGGUGGCACCGGUGGUGGGACCAGACCUGGAGCCGGGGUUGGACCUGGUGGAACCGGAACAGGAUAUGGACCCGGGGGUGGAACAGGAACUGGUUCUGCUGGCACUGGAACUGGCCUUGGACCAGGAAGUGGAGGGGCAGGCUAUGGACCUGGUCGAGGGGCUGGAGUUGGACCAGGUGGGGCCGGAUCAGUUCCUGGUGGGGCUGGGUAUGGACCAGGUGGGGCCGGAUCAGUUCCUGGUGGGGCUGGGUAUGGACCAGGUGGGGCCGGAUCAGUUCCUGGUGGGACUGGGUAUGGACCAGGUGGAGCCGGAUCAGUUCCUGGUGGGGCUGGGUUUGGACCAGGUGGGGUUGGAUCAGUUCCAGGUGGGGCCGGAUCAGUUCCUGGUGGGGCUGGGUAUGGACCAGGUGGGGCUGGGUAUGGACCAGGUGGAGCUGGAUAUGGACCAGGAGGAGGAGCAGGUACAAGAACUGGAGGGUAUGAUGCCAAUGCCAAAGCCCGUAAAUAUGGCAUGUUAAGUGGAGCCCUUGGAGGCGGUCUUGGAGCAGGAACAGGUGGAACCGGAACAGGAUAUGGACCCGGGGGUGGAACAGGAACUGGUUCUGCUGGCACUGGAACUGGCCUUGGACCAGGAAGUGGAGGGGCAGGCUAUGGACCUGGUCGAGGGGCUGGAGUUGGACCAGGUGGGGCCGGAUCAGUUCCUGGUGGGGCUGGGUAUGGACCAGGUGGGGCCGGAUCAGUUCCUGGUGGGGCUGGGUAUGGACCAGGUGGAGCCGGAUCAGUUCCAGGUGGGGCUGGGUAUGGACCAGGUGGGGCCGGAUCAGUUCCUGGUGGGGCUGGGUAUGGACCAGGUGGGGCUGGAUCAGUUCCUGGUGGGGCUGGGUAUGGACCAGGUGGAGCCGGAUCAGUUCCUGGUGGGACUGGGUAUGGACCAGGUGGGGCUGGGUAUGGACCAGGUGGAGCCGGAUCAGUUCCGGGUGGGGCUGGCUAUGGACCAGGUGGAGCUAGUACUGGAUAUGGACCUGGGGCCGGCUUCGGACCUGGGGCCGGCUAUGGACCUGGGGCCGGCUAUGGACCUGGGGCCGGCUAUGGACCUGGGGCCGGCUAUGGACCUGGGGCCGGCUAUGGACCUUGGGCCGGCUAUGGAACCCAGGCUGGAGUGGGACCUGGUUAUGGCCCUGGCAGUGGAGUUGCACAAGGAUACCGCCCAGGGUCUGGUUAUGGUGGUGUGGUAGGAGGAGCAGUAAGGCCAGGGUCUGGACUUGGACCUGGUUUUGGACCUGGAUCAAAAGCUUCCAAAUAUGGCCAGGGUGUAGCGGGCACCGGAGGCGUGCUUGGGGGCGGUGCUGGUCGCCGCGGCUAUGGUCAAGGUGUCGGAUCUAAAAGUGCGAAAUACGGACAACAAGGUGGAUUAGGUGUAGGGGCUGGAACUGGAGCAACUGGUACUGGCCUCGGUACUGGUACUGGUACUGGAGUAACUGGUACUGGCCUCGGUACUGGUACUGGUACUGGAGUAACUGGUACUGGCCUCGGUACUGGUACUGGUAUUGGAGCCACUGGUACUGGUCUUGGCACUGGUACUGGUACUGGAGCCACUGGUACUGGUCUAGGUACUGGUACUGGUCUUGGUACUGGUACUGGCCUUGGUACUGGAGCAACUGGUACUGGUCUUGGUACUGGUACUGGCCUUGGUACUGGAGCAACUGGUACUGGUCUUGGUACUGGUACAAGGACUGCUGGACCUGGUAUCGGAACUGGUUCUGGUAUCGCUACUGAUACAGGAGCAACUGGUUCUGGUACGGGAUCGACUGGCAUUGGUCCAGGAGUGUCGGGUACUGGUCCGGGUACAGGAUCACACAUAGGGACAGGAGGAGGACUAGGUGCUGUAGGACUCACCCCCACCCCUGGCACAGAAGGUGGUGCCUCAAGCUCAGCAGGAGGAGGAGGUACGGGCGCUGGACAGGACGGCAUAGAGGGUAAGGAGCCAGGAGACAGCCUUGAUCUUGAUGUUUUAGAGGGCUCUGGAGUCUCCGGAGAUGGCACUGGUCUCACUGGGCUGGGAUUAGGUUCUGAUGGAGAUGGCCUGACAGCAACAGGAAUCCCCAUCCUUGGCGCAAAACCAGCAGGUGCUGGUGGAAAUGCCACGGGAGGAACUCAGCCUAAAGCCAAACCAGUUAAACCCCCAGUCAUCCUCAGAGGAGACACGCCAGGCGAGGGGAAUGGGGAAGGGGGAGAAGACGGUGAAUUUCUUGCCACUCCAGCUACGUCUACCGGAGGGGCACUGGGAGGACAAGGAGGAGAUCUGGUGGGAGGUCCCACAGGAGGGUCAGCAGGACCAGCAAAACCCACCCAAGUGUAUGGUGCUGACGGAGCUACUGUUGGUGGUGUCGGGGGCACUGGUGUUCUAGCCACUGGUGCUGGGGGUGUUGGAGGCACUGGUGCUGGGGGUGUUGGAGCCACUGGUGUAGGAGCCACUGGGUCUGGGGGUGUUGGAGCCACUGGUGUAGGAGCCACUGGUGUAGGAGCCGCUGGUGCUGGGGGUGUUGGAGCCACUGGUGUAGGAGCCACUGGUGCUGGGGGUGUUGGAGCCACUGGUGUAGGAGCCACUGGUGUAGGAGCCACUGGUGUAGGAGCCACUGGUGCUGGGGGUGUUGGAGCCACUGGUACUGGGGUUAUCGGAGGCACUGGUGUUGGUGGAGUCGGAGGCACUGGUGUGGGUGGAGGUGCAGGAACCUCUAAACCAGGAAAAAGCUAUGGAACAGGUGGAGGUGCACGUUAUCCCACUGGAGCUGGACAGGGACAGGGAACAGGAAAGAGAGGAAAAGGAUAUGGGAACCUUGGAGCAGGUGGAGUCCGGCCUGGAGGGUACGGGACUGGCCCUGGGGGGUACGGGGCCGGCCCUGGAGGGUACGGGACUGGCCCUGGGGGGUACGGGGCCGGCCCUGGAGGGUACGGGACUGGCCCUGGGGGGUACGGCACCGGCCCUGGGGGGUACGGCACCGGCCCUGGGUAUGGCACCGGCCCUGGGGGGUACGGGACCGGCCCUGGGGGGUACGGCACUGGCCCUGGGGGAUACGGCACCGGCCCUGGAGGGUACGGAACCGGGUCAAGUGGCAGAGUACCUGAAGGAGCGGGCAGCCUUGGGAUUGGUGGAGCAGGGACUGGACCAGGAGGUUACGGUACUGGACCAGGUCUUGGAGGCUCCGGGUAUGCCACUCCAGGUGGGGGAGCAGCUUCUGGCUCCAGGAAACCUUCCAAAAGUUAUGGGGCAGCCGCUGCUGGAUCCAGACCAGUCGGUGCUGGCUUUGGUUCUGGGGUUGCUGGUAUUGGACCUGGUGGUGCUGGAUUUGGACCCGGUGGUGUCGGAACCAGACCAGGCGGUGCUGGGACUGGACCCGGUAGUGUUGGGUCUGCAGCAGGAGGUUUUGGAACAGGUGGCUAUGGGCCUGGAUCCACUGGACAAGGUGGAUACGGGCAGGGGGCUGCUGGUGUCGGACCCCAAGGUGCGGCAACAGGCGGUUUUGGCCCUGGCGGAGUGGGAGCCGGACCAGGCGGCUUUGGUCCUGGUGGGAUAGGCAUGGGGCCUGGAGGCUACCCUGUCGGUGGUCAAGGAUACGGGAAACGGAAGCCAUUCAAAUCAAACAAAUAUGGGUCUGGUAAUUUAGGACCUGGUGGUGCUGGACAAGGAGGUGCUGCCUUUGGGCAAGGAGGUGUUGGAACAGAUGGUGCUGGCUUUGGACCUGGCGGUGCUGGUGCCGGGACAGGUGGUGCUGGCUUUGGACCUGGUAGUGCAGGAACCGGUCCAGGCGGCUUUGGACCUGGUGGUGCAGGAACCGGACCAGGCGGCUUUGGACCUGGUGGUGCAGGAACCGGACCAGGCCGCUUUGGACCUGGUGGUGCUGGUGCCGGUACAGGUGGUGCUGGCUUUGGACAAGGAGGUGCGGGAACCGGACCCGGCAGAUUUGGACCUGGUGCUGGUGGUGCUGGUACAGGUGGCGCUGGACAAGGAGGUGCUGGCUUCGGACCUGGCGGUGCUGGACAAGGAGGUGCUGGACCCAGACCAGGCGGCUUUGGUCCUGGCGGUGCUGGCCAAGGAGGUGCUGGCUUCGGACCGGGUGGUGCUGGUGCUGGGACUGGUGGCUUCGGACCGGGUGGUGCUGGUGCCGGAGGUGGUGCUGGUACCGGGACAGGAGGUGCUGGACCAGGUGGUGCUGGACAAGGAGGUGCUGGGGGGGCUAGUUUUGGACCCGGGAGCACUCAAGGUCUCGGACCAAGAAAACCAUCUAAAUCAGGUUACGGAUCCUCAUCUCUGGGUGGAACCGGCUAUGGGCCAGGUGGGGCAGGUGCUAACGCUGGGGGAGUCGGUCAUGGUCCCGGAGGAGUCGGACCAGGUGGGUACCAACCUGCAGGAACUGGCACGGGAGGUUACGGGCCCGGAGGUGCUGGACAAGGCAGAUAUGGACCAGCAGGUGGGGCUGGUGGAUUUGGCCCUGGUGGACAGGGACUAGGAACAAGAAAAGCUCCUAAAUCGGGUUACGGUUCCUCAUCCGGUGGAACAGGCUUUGGACCAGGUGGUGCCAUUGGAGGUGUUCCCAGUGCAGGAACAGCAGGUGGAGUGGGAGGAGGUGCAGGAGGUAAUCUUGGAUUUUUUGGUGGAGCUGGCUACAGACCAGGUGGUGGAGCAGGAGGAGUAGGUGGAGCAGGAGGUGCUGGCCAGGCAGCAGGAGGAGUAGGUGGAGGCCAAGGCGUAGUACCGGGUGGCGUUGGUCCUGGAAGUGGGGGUGUGAAUCGUGGGAAUUAUCCAGGAUAUGCCUUGGCUGGACAAAAGACCAAACAACAGAAGGCAGCCAAGUAUGCAGCCAUGCAGGCCUUCCUGGGCUCUGGGGGCUACAGAGGAGCUGGAUGCCAGGGUAAAUACUGUGGCCGGAGGAGGAAGUGAGAGCUAAAGGAAGGACUUCCUCUGGACAGCGGUGCGAUGUUAUGAUGUCCGAAAGUACCUGAAGUACCAAAGAAACGACCAGUUUAAUUACAUCCACUGUUAAUUCAAGUCAAACACGUUAUUAAUUUAGUAUCUGUUGAGGGAAGUAUGCCAAAGUGUUUGACUCUAAUUAUAGUAUUUUCCUGAAUUGUUUUGAAGUUAAUUAUAUUGUUAUAAUUAGCUGAUCAUCUGUAUCAUUAAUCCAGAAGGGAAACAAUGUUGUCGAUUAAUUCCUCUAGGCAAUAUGCACUGUUUUGCGUGGCUAGCAUUGCUGUGUUAAUUGUGUUAAUCUAUAAUUGUUAAGAGAUUGCGAGAAAAAAAACUGUGUGUGUGUGUGUGUGUGUGUGUGUGUGUGUGUGUGUGUGUGUGUGUGUGUGUGUGUGUGUGUGUGUGUGUGUGUGUGUGUGUGUGUGCGCGUGUGUGUUGCUUAGACUUGUGACCAUUCUGAUCCCUAAAACCAGUCUGCUUCCAUCCAUCACUUGUUCUGUCAGACAGACCCACUGAUAAAUGCGUGUGUUGAUUCUAAUUGAGAUGUGUUUUGUUAUACUUUCCCAAAAUGUCCAAUUGCAGCCAUGAUAUGGUUCACCAUUUCACAGCAAACUCUCUAAUUUCUCUGAUUCUACAAUCUUCCCCACUGAGUGAAACAAACACAUCAUGACAAUAGCCAUUGUAGCUCAUAGGGAACAUUUGGUUGGAAACCCUUGGAGACAGAGGGCCUUUACAUUGUCUCACCGUCAACUAGGUCAUUAUGCGUUUGCUAUGAAUGCAAGCUAAGGAUUUCAUCUGCUGUAAAUUUGUUUUUAUUAAUGUUUUUUUUUCAUUUAAAAGAUGUAUUAGUGUGUUAAUGCAAUUUAACUUUAUCAAUCUAAAGAAAAGUGAGAUUUUGUUUGUUAAUUGUGUUUUAAUAUGAAUUUAUACUGAGAAAUGCCAUGAAUUUUUCUGACAUUUUAAAAAUAAAAAUGGAAAAAGAAAA